AUGGGCAAGACGAAAAAGACUGGUAAAAAGAGAAAGAACGUUGGUGCAGACGUAGAGCCUGAGUUCAUUGGCACCAUAUAUGAACAUCAAGACGGAGUACUGCCACAAGAAACCCAUCUUAACGACACACAGCCGGAGGAAGCAGAACGUGAUAAGGAUAAUGAAGAGCACGAACCCGAGCUUGACUCACAGCCAGAAGCUGCUGUCUCAGAGGAUGGUACAAAUGUGGUUAAGCCCAUAACUAAGAAAGCCAGAGGUCCAACGAAGAUGAAAGAUAUUGCCAGAGAUCCAAAUUCACGAAUUAGAGUGGACUUCACGGAGUUCGGAGAACCAUGUGGAGAACGAUCAAUUAAGCUAUCUUCUUACUUGGGUCCCCUGGUGAGGGAACAUGUUCCAGUACUGAUAGAUGAUUGGAGAAAGAUUGGGGAAGACAGGAAGACAGUUCUCUGGAGAUCCGUGAAGAUCCGCUUCGAACUUAAUGGAGAAUACGAGAAGGCGGCAGUUAUGAAGCAGAUGGGCUGCUUGUGGAGGGCUUCGAAGUCACGCCUUGUCAAACAGAUCAUAAAGGCGAAAAACCACACGGAGAGAAUGAAGCUCAAGCCUGACAAUAUCCCGACUCCAGAGUGGAGAAAGUUUGUGAAACAGAAGACUAGUCCAGAAUUUAAGAAAAAAGAGAGCUCAGAUCCGUCAGAUGUGUCAAGACUGAGUGUCUGGGUCAAGUCACGAACCAAGAAGGAUGGCACAGCAGUUAACACAGAUGCCGCUGCAAAAAUUGAAAGAGCAAAGGAGUUCGUACAGUCUGAUGCUGCGUCAGAGUCAUCCUCUAACCCAAAGGAAGACACUCUUGCUCAGAUUUUAGGACCAGACAACCCUGGACGACUCAGAGCAAUGGGAAGAGGCAUGAGCUUGAGCAAACUUGCAUGUUUCCAGGUGAAGAGCAAGUACGUGUCAGAGAUGCAGUAUACUCAAGUUCGGUUACAGCAGCAGGUCAAUGAGUUACAAGAGGCACUUGCAAAACUGAAUAGUAAUCGUUCAGAGACAGACGUGGGUGAAAACUCAGGACAACGAAGUGUAAACCAGAAAACUCAGAGCAAGUGUAUUCUGUUUGACUGGUCUGGCUCUGAGUACAAAGUAGUUGAGGGCCGCAUUUUGUCUUCUGAUCACAUGGAUUUUGUAAACAAUAUCCCGUUAGGACCAAACUCAGUGAAGGUGGUGGUGGAGACGGCUGUUAAAGGAGAUGCAUUUCUUUGGAGGCCUGCACAAAAUAUGUUUAACAUUGCUCAGGCAGUAGGUGAAACAAUUGCGUGGCCUCAGAAUUGUGUUGUUGCUAUUGAGGAUGAGUUACAACCAGAAGAUAUCCCUCCUAAGAGCCCAAGCACAACUUCUUUGAAUAAAUGCAAACUCCUAAACUGGCUAUCUAAUGAUGAAGAACCUGUUGCUGAAGGCCGCUGGCAAACACGUGAUCCCAAGGCUUUGGUAAAUGGCCUACCUCUAGGACCAAAAGCAAUAAAGGUUUUUGUUGAUGCGGUUAUAGACCCAGAUACGUUCCUUUGGAGGCCAACAGAAGAAUUUUCAUACCUUCACGAGUCUUUGAAGACAUUUGUAGCGUGGCCAGUGGGUCGAGUUUUGUUCGAUGAUCUUAACACAGAGGCAACAGCAUCUCCUCGAGCGCAGCCACAAUUACUUACUCCACCAGCUCCUGUUAAAAGUUCAAAACCAGCUUCACAGUCUACUAUGUCAGGCUCCCCUCAACAGAUUUCUCCAACACGGCUUGGCAAGGAAGAACGGAAGUGUAAACUGCUGGACAUUUCAGGUGAUAAGAGGAUUGUGGCAGAAGGACGCUGGUCUUCAAAUGACCCAGAAGUGUUGGUUCACUUUGUUCCUUUAGGUGAUAAUGGAGUCCGUGUGUGGGUUGAUGUGGUGAAGGUGAACGAUGCCCUUGUAUGGAGGCCUUUCUUCAGCAAUUGA